CUGAGCGGAAGCAACAAUAAUAUAGAAAGAAGAAGCACGAAAGAAACGCCUACUAAAUCAGAUCAUAAAAAUUCGAAAACUUUAUAAUACAUUAAAAUGCUAUCGCAAUACAUGGAGGAGUUUGAACAGGAACCCUUUGAGGUGGGCGAGUUCAUAGAACGACUUACCUGGCGCACCAACAAUGAGCUGCAAAACAGCGAGGACUUUCAUCCUGUGGCCCUGCACGAUACCUUCAUCCAGACCAUCAAGGACCUGAAGAUCCUGCAGGAGAAGCAGCAGAGCAAGUGCGAACGGCUAGAGGAGUCGCUGCGCCAGGAGAAGGAGUCGCACGCCAAAAAGAUUGGCAAGCUCCAAGAACGUCACCAAACGGCCAUUGAUGUGUUCGGCCAGCUGGACGAGAAAAUCAACUCGGUGGCCGGCAAGAUCAUGCACCUGGGCGAGCAGUUGGAGAAUGUGAACACUCCACGCAGUCGCUCAGUGGAGGCCCAAAAGUUACUCAAUUUUAUGUCCGAGUUUUUGGCCGCUGGCCCUGUGAUUGUCAACGAUAUUUUUGCGGAUGCCACACGAUUAAGUGAGGCCGCUGAUGUAAUUCAAAAGCUUUAUGCUAUCUCGCAGGAUCUGCCGCCCGGCAACUUUGCAGAGUCCAAAAGGAAAAUAGAAAAGAAAUACGACGAAGUCGAGCGGCGGUUGAUCGAAGAGUUUGCCACCGCCCAGAAGAGCGAGGACAUCGAGCGCAUGAAGACACUGGCCCAGAUCUUGUCCCAAUUCAAGGGUUACACCCAGUGUGUAGACGCCUACAUCGAGCAGAGCCAAAUGCAACCGUACAGCGGCAAAGACAUCUUUAUAGGCAUUGUUCCGUUGUGCAAACAUCACUACGAAAUAAUCCAGAAGGUGUUUGCCAAUCCGCAGCAGGUUAUGUCCAAGUUCAUACUUAACAUCUAUCAACUGAAGCUGCACCAGUACGCCAUGACUAAGUUAGAGGACAAAAAGGACGAGGAGAAAUACCUCCGGACCCUUUAUGAGUUAUACUCGCGCACACUGAAAUUGUCAACGGAUCUUCAAAUCUACAUGUCCACCAUCGACGACGACUUGCUACAGAAGCUGACACAGCAGAUUUUUAUGAAGCAUUUGGCCGGCUACGCUGAAAUGGAGACCAAGUGCCUGACAGCCAAGUGUUCCACAGAGCUGGAUAAGUUCUAUGCCAGCAAGAAACACCAAAAGACUGCAACCACUAAGGGCUUUCGCCGAAACAUGGAGGUGCUGAUAGCCACGCGAGCCAACAUUAAUAUUGCUGCCAUCGAGGACUAUGGCGGGGAGACGUUUCUGUCUGAGGAGCUGGCCAUCAACAUGCUGCAGGAGGCCAAGGCGUCGCUUAAGCGCUGUCGUCUGCUGUCCAACGAAACUGAGCUACCAGGCAAUGCUAUAAAGCUGAACGAUAUCCUUCUGCGUUUCCUGAUGCACGAGCACGUGGAUUACGCACUGGAGUUGGGUCUGCAGGCAGUGCCACUUGCCGAGGGUAGGGUCUUUCCCCAGCUCUACUUCUUUGAUGUGGUGCAAAAGACGAACAUCAUUGUUCAUCUGCUGGACAAGCUGUGCCACACAUCAGUCAUACCAUGUGUGAGUAAUACGCCUAAGUACUCGGACUAUGUGUUUAAAAAGCGUAUUCUGAUGGAGCAAAUCGAGACCAAGCUGGACCAGGGUCUGGACCGCUCCAUCAGCGCUGUUAUUGGCUGGGUCAAGGUGCAUUUGCAAUAUGAACAAAAGAAAACCGACUACAAGCCGGAAACUGACGUGGAUACCAUUUCUUCAGCGGCGUGCCUACAAGUCGUGCAGAAUCUGCAGCCAGUGAUUGUGCAGAUUAAAAAAUGUGUUGACGGUGAGAAUUUGCAGAAUGUUCUUACAGAGUUUGGAACUCGGUUGCACCGAGUGAUCUACGAUCACCUGCAGACCAUGCAGUUUAACACGGCUGGCGCCAUGUGCGCCAUCUGCGACGUGAACGAAUAUCGCAAGUGCAUUCGCGAGCUGGAUAGUCCGCUGGUUACGCAGCUGUUUGACAUACUGCAUGCAUUGUGCAAUUUACUACUCGUUAAGCCCCAAAACCUUCAAGAAGUUUGCACGGGUGACACCCUGAAUUAUUUGGACAAGUCGGUGGUGCGGCAAUUCAUUCAGCUGCGCACUGAUUUCAGGAUCAUCAAAAACACCAACUACCUGAAGGGUAUUAUUGAGUGAGGAGUUCGACCACCAGAAUGAUUCACAUUCCAAAAUUUUCCACCUAGCUGUCUACGGAUUAAAUUGAUUUAUUAAAGGGGACAUUAUCUAAUGAUAUUUAA